AGCAUGCCACAGUACAAGCUAACAUACUUCAAUCUGCGAGGACGAGCAGAAAUCAGCCGCUACCUGUUUGCUUAUUCAGGCAAGAAGUAUGAAGACCACAGGAUAGAGGCAGCAGACUGGCCCAAAAUCAAACCAACUAUCCCAUUUGGCAAAAUCCCCAUUCUGGAAGUAGAUGGAGUUACCAUUCACCAGAGCCUGGCAAUAGCAAGAUACCUUGCCAGAGAAUCAGGUCUGGCAGGUCAGACACCUGUGGAACAGGCGCUAGCUGAUGCCAUUGUGGACACCAUAGAUGAUUUCAUGACACUGUUCCCUUGGGCAGAGAAAAACCAGGAUGUGAGAAAACAAGCAUUUGAUGAUAUCCUCACCAACAAAGCACCUGAGUUACUGAAAGAUUUGGAUACUUUCUUAGGGGAUAACAACUGGCUGGUAGGGAAGUCUGUAACAUGGGCUGAUUUCUACUGGGAUGUAUGCAGUACAACACUUCUGUCCUGUAAACCUGACCUGGCAGACAACUACCCCAGGCUUUUAGCUCUCAGAGACAGAGUGCAAGCAAUUCCAGCUAUUGCAGCCUGGAUCCAGAAAAGACCGAAGACUGUAAUGUAGAUCAGCUGUUCAGACUGGAAAAAACAAAUGCAUGUUUAGUUUUCAACAUGACAAGCAUCCUAAGUUAUUAAUUUCAACGACUCAAAUUAAUUUCAGAUGGGUAUGCUAUAUAAAAUCAAAAUCUACCACUUGUAUC